UCCUCUCCUUCACAACGACCAUUUCAAAUCCCACCACAGAACUCAAGAAAAAAGAAAAACAAUGAUGAGACUCACAAAACCAAAAUUUUCAUAUUGAUGGAUAAUUUUCUUCACAAUUCGCAUCUCUGUUCUUGAAACUCUCCUCCUUUUUCGUUCUUCCCAGCCUUCCACAUUCCCCGACAAUGGAGAAGAGCAGCAGCAACCAACCUGAUGAGAAUCAACACCUCCUACGCAAGACCUCUAGCUUCGCUGACAAGGAGGAUGCCCCCAAAUCCGGCGUUGAUGAUGAUGCCAAUCCCGCGGUACCAGAUCACGAUCAUCAUCCUGAUGCAGCAGCCGCGCCCACGGACGACGCCGAUGUAAAAUCUGAAGAAAAAUUGGAGGAUCGGGAGCUGGAGCUGGAGCAGGAUCAAGAUCAAGACCAUGAGAAGAAGGAGGAUGGAAAGGAGGAGGAGGAAAAGAAGGAUCAGGAGGAAGAGUCGUCCCAGCAGGAUGAACCGGAUCUUCAUUAUGAUCUCCACACCAUCCUUGAAGAUGUCGAUCAAUUUCUCCGCGAUUCUCGAGAUCGGGAGGAUGAUGCUGUGGUGGAGAUUCCGAGGUUCAUCGACAAAUUCUUGGAUCUCGUGGAUGCGAAGAUUGAGCAAUAUAAUAACGAUGCAGAAUCGAACGCGAAAGAGAGAGAGUGUCGGGUGCCAGAGGACGAAUCGUCGUUUCUGGAAGCUGUCGAUCGGUUAUCGAAGCUCAAUAAUGCACUCCGCGAAAUGAAAUUGGAAGAGGAGAAGAAAUCGUUGAUUAACCGCGUCGGGAGCAUUGAACAGAGAGCAAUUUCUUAUUUGGAGGAGGAGUUCCGAUUCUUUCUUGAGGAAUCCUCCCGAAGCAGUAGCGACACGGAUCCUGCUGCCGAAACAGAUCGCAGUGACGCUGAAUCCGAUCAACUUCAUUUUCCAGGUUACUCCGACGAGAUCGUGAGGUAUUUGAAUAAAAUCGCCAAGGCAAUGAUUGCCAGUGGAUACGAAUCAGAAUGUUGCCAGGUUUACAUGGUUGCGAGAAGAAAUAUAUUCGAGGAAGCCUUACAGAAGCUAGGGUUCGAGAAACACAGCAUCGACGACAUCCAGAAGAUGAGUUGGGAAUCAAUGGAGAGGGAGAUCGCUACGUGGGUCAAAACCUUCAAGCAAUGCGCCACAAUUUUGUUCUCUGGCGAACGGAAGCUCGCCGAAUCUGUAUUUUCAGAGUAUCCUGAACUCACCGAUAGCCUGUUCAGCAAUCUGACUCGCGGCAUUGUGAUUCAGCUCCUAAAUUUCUCGGAAGGAGUUGCGAUGACGAAGCGCUCCGCCGAGAAAUUGUUCAAGCUUCUUGACAUGUACGAAGCUCUCCGCGACAUGGUCCCAAAAAUGGAGGACUUAUUUCCAGAGGAAUCCGCCAACGAGCUCAAAACAGAGACCACAACUGCUCGCGCUCGUCUCGGCGAGGCCGCGAUUAGUAUAUUCGGCGAUCUCGAAAACUCGAUCAAAGCAGACACCGGAAAAACUCCGGUACCGGGCGGUGCCGUCCAUCCAUUGACUCGAUACACCAUAAACUACUUGAAAUAUGCUUGCGAGUACAAGAACACUCUGGAACAGAUUUUCAAAGAACAUUCGAAGAUCGAGCGAGCCGAUUCCACCAGCCGGCCACAUUUUGAGGGCGAACAAGCCCCAAACUACCAAUCAAGCAGCGACAACCAAUCGCCAUUCGCCGUGGAACUGACGAAGGUGAUGGAACUCCUGGACUCAAAUCUGGAAGCGAAAUCGAAGCUAUACAGAGACAUAGCCCUGAGUUCGAUCUUCAUGAUGAACAACGGGCGAUACAUCUUGCAGAAGAUCAAAGGAUCCGCAGAGAUCCACGAACUGGUGGGCGAUACGUGGUACCGUAAGAGAUCUUCGGAUCUGCGUCAGUACCACAAGAAUUACCAGCGAGAGACGUGGAGCAGACUGUUGAGUUGCUUAAACCACGAGGGAUUGACGGUGCACGGGAAAGUGGUAAAGCCAGUGCUGAAGGAGAGGUUUAAAAGCUUCAACACCAUGUUCGAUGAGAUCCACAGGACGCAGAGCUUGUGGGUGAUCAGCGACGAGCAGCUUCAAUCGGAGAUCAGAGUAUCGAUAUCGGCGGUGAUGAUUCCGGCCUACAGAUCAUUCCUAGGCAGGUUUUCACAGUACUUGGAUCCGGGGAGACAAACGGAGAAGUACAUCAAGUUUCAACCUGAAGACAUCGAAACUUACAUUGACGAUCUAUUCGAUGGAAACCCAACCAUGGCAAGAAGGAGAAUAUAAGCGCCGAGGCGCUGCAAACGAAUUUGAAAAGGAAUUGUAUUUGGAGGCGUCCAAAAAUUAUAUAUUGGUUCUACAAAAGUCUUUACGAAUAUUCAUGUAAUUUAUACAUUGCCUUUUAU